GCUUGUCCUCUCAGACCCAAGGCAAAGCAAGGGUUUCAGUUGGCCAAAUCUUUCAUGCACACCCGAAAUUAAAGUUGUCAUCUUAAACUCCCUUGUCUCUACUCUUCAACAAUUUCAUCCUCUGCAUAGCACUAACUGGUUAGAUAGCGGAAAACACCUACAAAAAUCAUUCUCUUCUUCAACUCGGGCAUUCAAUAGCUAAUCAAUAGUCAAACUAUUGGUGGAUCGUCAUUAUUGUGGUGAAAAGUUCCGGGCUGUCUCAAUCGUGACUGAAAAUUCUGAGGGCGAAGUAGUUUAUCGAUCGUUAAUAGAUGUGGAAACUCUUGAAGGUUGUUUGGUGAGAUGAGGGAUGUUAUCAGAGUUGAUGAACUUUCUGAGGGCCUGCUUUCGGCCAGUUUCGCAUCGUUAUGCACGAACAGGUUCAGAUGGUGGAGGUAGACAAGAUGGGCUUUUAUGGUACAAGGACUCGGGGCAGCAUUUAAACGGCGAAUUUUCAAUGGCUGUGGUCCAAGCCAAUAACUUGCUGGAGGAUCAGAGCCAACUUGAAUCUGGCAGUUUGAGCUCCCAUGAAUCUGGCCCUUAUGGAACCUUUAUCGGUGUCUACGACGGCCAUGGAGGACCGGAAACAUCCCGAUUUAUCAACGAUCACCUGUUUCACCAUCUCAAGAAGUUCACUGCAGAGCAACAAUCAGUGUCUGUAGAUGUAAUCCGGAAGGCAUUUCAAGCAACAGAAGAAGGAUUUAUGUCACUUGUUGCCAAACAGUGGCAAAUGAAACCACAAAUUGCAGCAGUUGGGUCGUGCUGUCUUGCUGGUGUUAUUUGUAAUGGUAACAUUUAUGUAGCAAAUCUUGGUGAUUCCCGUGCUGUUUUGGGAAGAGCAGUCAAGGCAACUGGAGAGGUUCUAGCCAUGCAAUUAUCUACAGAGCACAAUGCAGCUUUAGAGCCUGUUAGACAGGAGCUGCGCUCUUCGCAUCCCGAUGAUCCACAGAUUGUUGUUUUGAAGCAUAAUGUAUGGCGAGUGAAGGGCCUUAUACAAAUUUCUAGAUCCAUUGGGGAUGUAUAUUUGAAGAAGGCUGAGUUCAAUAGAGAACCUCUAUAUGCUAAAUUUCGACUUCGUGAGCCAUUCAAGAGGCCAAUACUGAGCUCAGAACCAUCAAUAUCAGUGCACCAGUUGCAGCCACAUGAUCAGUUUGUUAUAUUUGCGUCUGACGGACUCUGGGAGCACCUUAGCAAUCAAGAAGCAGUCGAUAUAGUUCAAAACAAUCCCCGCAGUGCAAGCGCGAGGAGACUGGUGAAAGCUGCCCUUCAAGAAGCAGCGAAGAAGAGAGAAAUGAGAUAUUCGGACCUAAAGAAAAUUGACCGUGGGGUUCGACGACAUUUCCAUGAUGACAUUACUGUGAUUGUGGUAUUUCUUGACUCAAAUCUGGUCAGCAGGGCAAGCUCUGUCAAAUUCAACAAUAUAUCAGUUAGAGGGGGUGGAAUUACCCUUCCUCCUAACACGCUGGCACCAUGUGCGACGCCAACAGAGGGUGGUGGUACCUGAUUUAAGUUGUAUUUCUAUCUUUUUUUUUCUUCGUAUCAUUCUCUAGUGUGAAUACCAGGGAUCAUUAAAUAGCAACGAGAGGAGGAGGAGCGCUUGAAUUCUUUAUAUCGUGAACUGUAACUUUACUGGAAUACCACUAAUACUCGUGCUUAGUUUCUUUCCACAA